AGAAAAUUGUAUCAAAAGUAUUGUGAGUCGAUGAACCGACUGUCUCUUGAUUUGAUGGAGCUUAUGGGGACAAGCCUAGGUCUAAAGGACGAGAAGUACUACCGGAAAUUCUUUGAAGACGGUUGUGCAAUUUUCAGAUGCAACUAUUAUCCGCCGUGCAAGCAGCCAGACCGUGCACUUGGCACCGGUCCACAUCGUGACCCAACCGCCCUUACCAUCCUGCAUCAGGAUGGUGUGAGCGGUUUGGAGGUCUUUACUCAAGGCAUUUGGCGAACUGUCCGUCCAUAUCCAGGAUCUUUUGUUAUCAAUCUCGGCGAUCUCUUCGUGCCAAUGUCAGAGGGAAAGUACAACAGUUGUUUACACAGAGCAGUGUUGAACAAAGACACAGUGAGGAAGUCAUUGGUAUUCUUCAUUUUUUCGAGGAAGGACAAACUCAUCGUACCACCUGAGGAACUUGUGUCUGGUGACUCUAGGAACUAUCCGGAGUUCACUUGGUCCGAUUACCAAAAGUUCGUCGUAAGUAAAUAUCGGCUACUUCUUCUGCCGAAAAGGCGGUGGUCGAGGAGUUAAUGAACAACAACUUGAUGAAUGUUUCAAGUCCUAUCUAUGUGUUUUAUCAGUAUUUUUCGUCAUUUCCUCAACAAUGUUGCAUCUCUCUUUGUCGUUUUCGUGCAAGUCAAGGUAGUUGAGACCCUUUUAUUUGUACUUUUAAUAAAAAAAAUUUCUGCCGUU